AUGCCUAUCCGCGUGAUUCUUCAAGGCAUUUCACAGGCAUCGCUGCUUGUCGAUAACGACGAGAAAUACGUUCACUGCGGGCGUGGCGUGCUCGUCUAUGUUGCUUUCCUUAAACCCGACAAGGACACGGGUGGCAUCACCGACGAGGACGUGGCGCGCGCCGUUCACACCCUGCUGGAGACGAACAUUUUUACACAUUUCAAUCCCGAGAAGAUGGUAGCGCGCGCGCAGUCGCUGGCGGAGUGCCCAAAGGUUGACAUUAUGAUUGUGCCGCAGGCCUCGCUGGGCGGCAAGAUCAACAAGAAGGGUCACUCCGUUCAGUUCCAUCAUCUUGUAAGCAAGGACAUCGGCGAGGCUCUUUACGAGCGCUUUUGUCACCAUUUCCGCGUUGCUCGGGGCAUCAACGAGGAGGUCGUGGACGCAAACGGCGUCUCACUCAACGCUGCUGAAGAGGGCCUCUGCACAACCGAAAGCAACAAGCCAGAGAAGUGGGUCAAGUACGAUGGCCGUGUGGUCAGUGGGACCUUUGGCAAUCGGCAAGGACUCUUCAUCGAGUCGGAUGGGCCCUUCACCCAUACGUUUGAUCUGUAA